AUGCCGAAAAUAAUACGAAUCAAUGAUGGGUUUGCUUCAUUCUUGUUGGAAAUGCACUAUGAUGGAGUUGAUAAGCAUGAGAUCCUUUCUGGAGAUGCUGAUAGAAAUGAUUUCCUCACCGAGGGAGAGAAAACCUCGGUAGAAAAUGUAAGAAGCAUGGCCUAUGAUGUUGAUGACGUUAACGUCAACUUCAUGUAUCACAAGAAUAGGAACAAAAUUUGGAUGAUGAAAAAUCAUGGCGAGUCUUGUCUUUUCAUCAAAGAUGAUAAUCUUGUUGGGAUUGAAAAGUUGCUACUACCUGCAACAGCCAAGUUGUUAGCAAUAAAGGAGGAAGUUCCAAUGAAUUUGAGCCCCAUGAUUUACAAACAAUUAGUGGAGAUGCUGGUGAACUUCUUACAUCCAAGAAAAUAUGUGAUUGUCCUAGAUGAUGCAUGGAGUAUAGAUCUCUGUGGUGAAAUAAAUGUUGCUCUUGCUAAUGGUUUACCUCUAGUAAUUGUGGCUUUGGCUGUUCGUAUGUCUACCAAGAAGUUAGAGUUUGAGUGGGGGGAUGUCCAUAAUAGCUUGAAUGUAGAGCUGAAUAAGACAUCUAAACCUCUCUUAAAUAAAGUGUUACAUGGAUUUAAAUUAUUAGGGGUGUUGGAUCUAGAGAAUCUGCAGAUUGUUAAACUACCUAAUUCAGUGGUCAAUUUAUUCAAUUUAAGGUACUUGAACUUGACUGGAACUCAGGUCAAGUGGAGCAAAUUCCCAAUUGAAUUGGAAAACUUUACGACUCCGGGACAUAUCCUGACAAAUGUGAGACAAGCAGAUGAGAAAGACUUGUGUGUUGUGAUUGACAACAUGAAACUACUUCACCACUUGUUUCUGAAAGCUGAUAAUGAAGAGGAGCUAUUAAGGAUGGAUUCGCUGUCCUCACCGCCUUGCCUUGAAAAGCUCAAACUAGUUGGAAAAUGGGAAAAGAAACUCAAGAUCUUGAAUACAUACAACUGCCAUCAACUAAAUGAGAUUGUUAUAGAGAAGGGAGUGAUGCCAGGUCUUCAAAGUUUGAGCCUUGGUAGAUGUAUGGAACUAAAGGCAUUGCCUCAUGAUAUUGAGUAUCUUACUAGCCUUCAAGAAUUUUCAUUCUUAAUUGUUAGAGAAGAGACCGUAGGGUGCAUUUGUGGAGAAGGAAGUGUGGGUCACCGGAGGUUCAGCACAUUCCCAAUAUCAGCCAUUAUUUCCAAACCCAAUCUGGAUUGUCUUUUGAAAGCCUUUCUUGAUUGUACUACAUAA